CCUAAUCUCAUCCGAAUCAUUGAAAUCUUGAGCUUUGUCUGCACGUGCUAACCACGGGUUAGUUUGUUUCUUUUGCUGGUGUUUCUUUUGAUUAGUUUAAUGAAUUGGGUGUUUGCGCAACUACGGAGCUUUUGAUUUUGAUUAAUUAUAUUUAUAUAUGUAUAAAUGUAUUAUGUAUAAUCUUGUUUUUGUUUGCUUGUCCUCCAAUUAUUGCUUUGUUUAAUCUCGAGAGGAGGUCAUUGUUCAAUGAUAAGGAGGGUUAGUUGUGUGUGUUUGUUUUCUUUAAUUACUUUAAUCGAAUACUAUAUUGUGGGGGAAUUAUCAAUUAUCAUAUCUUCUCCUUGUUCAUAUCCAAGUUUUGUCUCCCUUUUAGGAAGAUUUUCCUUCACUCGCUUUGGUUCUGUCUUCAUCUUUUCUCUAGAUCACUCCUUCAUACAUCUCCCCUUUCUCCCUCUCACUGCUCAUGUACUUUUUUGAUGCACAGUAUCAUAUCACCUUCUAAAGCAAUCAUUUUUGAAGAUCUUUUUGAUAGUGAUUGGGUUUUAAAGCAAUCAAGAUGGCUACUUAUUAUCCUCCUUCAAACAAUCAUCAAAGAGAUGUGUUUCAAAGUUCAUACGAUUCAUAUCAAGAAUCACCAUGUCCACCUGUUGAUAUGAUGUAUCAAAAUCAAACAUCCACUGACAACUCUUUCUUACAACUUUUAUCUGGAAACAUGCAACCAAAUCCUCAAAUCCUUUCACAAGUCAAAGAUCAUAACACUUCAGAUGAUGAAAGAAACUUACAAUAUCAAGAAUUAUCACUCAGCCUAGGAAUGCAAAUCCCUUCUUCCUCCAUGGAUUUACCUUCAUUUCAAUACAAUUACUUGAACACCCAUCUUCAAGAUCCUCAUGAUCAUGGCUCUCAUGGUUCUCAAACCCAUAAAGUAGAAAAUGUUGACUAUUUGUCCUUUGACUUGGUUGGAAAAAACAGUCAAUGCUCUGUUUCUGAUACAUAUGAUGUUUCAUAUGGACUUGUAAGUGGUAGAAUCUUGGAUUCAAAAUAUCUAAAACCAUCACAAGAAUUGCUUGAAGAAGUAGCAAAUCUUCGUGAAGCUUUAAGACAGCUAAAGAUUAACAAACUUAGCAAUCUACAUACCCUUCGUGUAGACGAUAAAAAAAAUUCCAAAUUUACCCCUCAUGAAUCCACUACUACUUCCUCCGGUGAACUUUCAGCUUCUGAGAAACAAGAUCUUCAAAACAAGGUCACGAGAUUGUUUUCUUUCUUAGACGAGGUGGAUAGGAAAUACAGAGAGUAUUGCCAACAACUGCAAAUUGUUGAAGCAACAUUGGAUGUGGUGUCUGGGUGUGGGGCUGCAAGGACAUACACAACACUUGCACAUCGAACAAUUUCUUGCCAUUUUCGGUGCUUACGUGAUGCCAUUAAUGGACAGAUUCAAGUGACACGUCAGCGGUUAGGAGAACAAGAUGAUUCGGUGGACAGAGUGUUGCCACGUUUAAGGAACGUGGAAAAGCAACUCAGGCAACAAAGAACACUUAAUCACCUUGGUGUGACACGUCAUUCUUGGAGGCCACAAAGAGGGCUUCCGGAAGGAUCUGUCUCGAUUCUUCGCGCUUGGCUGUUUGAACAUUUUCUUAACCCUUACCCAAAAGAUUCGGAGAAAAUCAUGCUAGCAAAACAAACUGGACUCACUCGAAGCCAGAUUGCAAAUUGGUUCAUCAAUGCACGUGUACGCCUCUGGAAACCCAUGAUUGAAGAUAUAUACAAAGAAGAAUUCGGCAAUUGCACAUCAUCACAAGAACAUGCACUCAAAGGAGCAAACAAUAACUCAUCAUCUUCAGAUGAUAAAGAGAAAGAAUUGGAAUUGGGUCAAGAUUUAAGUCAAAAUCCUGACUUUUUCAGUGAGAUAGAAGUCAACAGGUCUCCAACACAUAGGCAUACAGAUAUGUCAGACCAAUAUAGGUUUGGUGAAGAACCCCAAUUGUUAUCUGAUUUUUUGGUAUAAUAAAACUUUUUAGUGUAAGCAAAGAAGUGUACACAACACACAUACACUGAUCUUGAUUUGAUGUAAAUAUGAAAGCAUAUAUAGUUGGUAUUUUGUUUAGAUUUAUAGAAUAAUUUUUAAAGAUCAGUCUGUAAGUAAUUAAAGAUGUCAAUUUAUUUGAUAUUGGUUCAAAAUAGAUGUGACAUCAAUGUACCAUUUCUUAUGUAAUAAAACAUCAAUUUCUUAACUUUCUUGUGUAUUUUUCUAUUCAUUAAGCUUAGUUGAUUCCUAUAGAUGUAUUGUAG